AUGGUACACACCAAUCUCGUCAGCGCAGCGGUGUCCGCAGCUUCUUCCAAUUGGCCCUUCCGUCCUCGGGUCGCUUCGACAGGCUCAUUUCAGUCUGGCGACAUCACCCCUACUUUUGAUCCCUACGAGCGCGCCGAUCCCUCGAGCAGACAACGAUCUGCCGCGUCAGUGCACCGACCUUCCAUCAGCAGAUACCACACCUUCCCUACCUCCCCUCCCAAAGCUCCGUCCGAAAACACGACGCUGGACGAUGGCGAAGAGGCGUCUUCGGGAACAGGCCAGCUCGGUCGUCGAGACACACGCCGCCGGGGUCAUGGCCACGGCCGGAACAGUGGCCACAGCAGCCCGGGAGAGGUCACGCCCUUGCCGCUGAGACAGGUCGGCCUGCUGGCGAUCCUGAGCUUGGCAGAGCAGACUGCCCUCAACUCCAUUGGGCCCUACCUACCCACCAUGGUGUCGUCCUUUCCCGAGAUCCCCAAGGAGCAAAUGGGCCUUUAUGUCGGUCUCUUGGCUUCGGCCUUUGCUAUGGCGCAGCUGACGACCAACCUGUUCUGGGGCUACCUUUCCGACAUUGUCGGCCGCAAGCCCGUCAUUCUGACCGGCUCCUCCUUGCUCAUGCUCUGCUUCGGCCUCUUUGGCUUUUGCACCCGCUACUGGCAGGUCGUCGUCAUCCACAUCGCCAUGGGCCUGCUCAACGGCAAUGCUGCUGUCGUGCCCACCUGCCUCGGCGAGGUCACCGACCGCACAAACCAGAGCAGCGUCUUUGCCUGGCUCCCCGUCAUAUAUUCCCUUGGCUCCAUCACGGGGCCGGCGCUUGGCGGCCUGCUCGUCGCCAGCCCUGGGGCGAAAUAUCCCUUCCUCGGCCCCAAUAUUGCCGGCGCCGUGCUACUUGGUCUUGCCGUCACAGUGCUGGCCAUAUGGUUCGACGAGACGCUGGAAAGCGUCGGCGUCGGGCAGAACCAAUCCAUCUCGGCCAGCCUGAGCCGCUUCUUCUCUGAGCUCUCCCCGGCAAAGAGCGCGACAGGAGAGUAUCCCGAGACCGAAAGCCUGCUCUCUAGUCCCCAACAAGGCGACGAUCCUGUGAGCAGCAGCGGCGACAGGGCCAGCAACGGUGGUCUUAAGAGCUCCAAGCAGGUGUCCGUCUUCCGCCAGCUUCUCAACUACAAGACCGUCCUCCUGCUACUCACCUAUCUCGUCUUUCAGCUCUCCAACAUCAGCUUCAACAGCCUGUAUCCCAUCUUUGCCUCUGCCGCAGAGCCGACGGGCCGCAAUCUGCCUCCUGAAGAGAUCGGUCUUCUCCUGUCCUUUGCCGGACUUGCCACCAUCUUUUUUCAGAUUCUCGUCUUCCAGUCCUUACGCACGAAGAUGGGCAAUCUCGGCACCUACCGGGUCGCAUUCUUUGGCCUGGCAGUAUCCGGACUGGUGAUGCCGUGGGUUGGGCACAAGUACGACCGGCCAUUGUUCGGCAUCGCCAGCGGCGAGUGGUGGUUGUACGGCGAGAUGGCUGCCGUCUUGGUGGUCAAGAACAUCUGCGCCGUCGGUGGAUUAUCCAGCGUGAUGCUCUUGAUCACCAACUCGGCCCCUUCUAAUGAAACACUUGGAACGCUGAACGGCAUUGCGCAGACGCUUUCUGCUGCCGGCCGCAGUGUCGGACCGUUUGUGUCUGGCGCACUUUUCACGCUGUCGACUCGGCUUCGUCCGAAAGGAGAACUACUGGCCUGGUGGAUCUUUGGGGGCGUCGCGGUGUUCGGCUGGCUCGGCGGUCUGAUGGUCUCGGGCCGUGGCCUCGAGAGUGCGGAUUGGCAGGAAGAUGACGAAGAUGACGAGCCAAUAGACGAAGAAAUAAACUAG